UCCCGCCACCAUUGACCACUCCGCGGCAUUGUCUGGCGGCCGCCUGCCCUGGGCCCGCAGCCGUCCCGCGCGGAGCGAGAAGGAGAGCGAGGCGGCCGAUCGCGGCUCCCCCCGGGGUCCCACCUCUCCCUCGCCUUCCUUGAGAUUGCUUCCCGACCGCGGUGGCGGCUGCUGCUGCUGCGGCUGCUGCUGCGGCUGCUGCUGCGACCUCUUAGACGGCGGAGAGGUGGGGAGCAGCUCCGUGCGGCCUACCCCGGGCCUCCCCCACUACCUCCACCCCACGGGGGCGAGGCGCUAGGCUAGACCGAGGCUGUGAGGCCUUGGGGAGGUCUCUCCCCCCCCCCCACCACCACCCUCCGUGUCGCUCUCCUCACGCCAAGCAAGCGAGGUCUGAGGAAGCACAGAGCCAGCCGUGUCCCCCCCCCCCCCAGCCAAGAGCGGGGGGGGGCUGCGGGGUUCCGUUACCCCUCCGUGCAGACCUGCCAUGGAGACAGAAAGCAAGGGCACUCAACCACGAACCCCUCAAGCGGAGCUGCGGGAGGCGCGGGUGGUUCUGCAUCUGCUCAGGGUCCCCAUCUCUCCGGGGGAGAUGCAGAAGCUGGUUGGGGGCCCCGAGGGCUCCCGGGGGAGGGGGCCUGGGGAGGAGGGGUCGGCGGUGGCGUCGCCACGCAGGCAGAACGAUGGACACGACGAUCCCGUCAACAACGGCAACAGCAGCAGCAGCCGGGAGGCGGAGUCUGUCUUGGCUGUGGAGGAGUCUGAACUGAGAGAUGGACAUGAAUUUAACACAGAUGUCUCCUUGGAUACGUCCGUACCCAAGGCAUCCUCAUCAUCACAACAAUUAUCAAACCCCCCACCAUCAGUGUCACCAUCACAACCAUCUCUACCUCCACCACCACCAUCAUCACCAUCAUGCCCAACUCCGCCCGUGGUGCAUGGCUCAGCACCAUCUCCUCUUCCCCCGACGUCGUUGAUCUCUCCGCGCUCGCUGCGCUCUCUGGAGCCUGCGGGCCUGGCCUGUCGCGUCCUCUGUGAGAGGCUCCCGGACGACGGGCAGCUCGGAGACGUGCGAGGCGGUGUGAAGCACCUGCUGGAGGAGGUGGACGUCUCUGUGGGCGUGUCCCCCAAGCGGGUGAAACUGGACCGAGGGGGAGGUGCGUGGGCAGUCUCAAGGGGCGGCUCUUGGGGUGGCCGUGUCCGCUCGGCGUCUCUGGGGAGCACGGUGGGGGGGAGCAGCAGUGGCAAGAGAGAGAAUGAGAUGAAGAUGAUUGAGAAGGAGAAGGAGGAGGAGGAGAAGGAGGAGGGGAAGGAGGAGGGGAAGGAGGAGGGGAAGGAGGAGGGGAAGGAGGAGGGGAAGGAGGAGGGGAAGGAGGAGGGGAAGGAGGAGGGGAAGGAGGAGGGGAAGGAGGAGGGGAAGGAGGAGGAGGAGGAGAAGAUUGAGGAUAAGAUUGAGGAUAAGAUUGAGGAGAAGAUUGAGGAGAAGAUUGAGGAGAAGGAGGAGGAGAGGAGGAAAGCGGAAGCGGUCACCGAGGCAUUGCAGGGCGACGUCGAGGGAGGUGAAGGCGCUCAGAGCUGUGAGGGAGGCGAGGGGCAGCAGCAUCGGCAGGAGGUGGUGAUGUCGGUGGAGGUGGCGGCCGUGGCCACGUCGCGCGAGGAGGAAGACCGGCAGCGGCAGGACGAUGAGGAGGCAGAGGCGAUGGCUAUGAUGAUGGAGGCAGAGGCGCUGGGCGUGGAAGAGGUGGUGGAGAUCACCUACGAGGGGCCUGGUGUCACCUACUCACAGCUGGACAUGAGUCGCUACUGGGCCGAGUGUCCCUUCUGCCUCAAGAACAGCGACGGCCACACCUACUGCAGCCACUGCGGUGCCCAGCUGCCUGCCAACACCGUAAAGCGGCUUAAACCCGCACCCCAACAACACCACCAACAACAUCAACAACAUCAUCAUCAGCAGCAGCAGCACCACCACCACACGGCGUUUGGGUUUCACGGCGGCCGCCACCUCUCCCUGAGCCGGCCCUCCCCACGCCAGGCCCAUGCCCACCCCUCCGGCCACGCGUCACCGUCGUUUGGCCCCCGCGGGCCCUUCCGCUCCUCCACGGGCGGCCGCCUCCCUGCGCUUCGCACCCCGGCCCAGCAACCCCAGCAGAGGGCAGCCGCCUCUCAGCUGCUGCUGCACCACUCCCUAAUGCAGCAGCAGAGGGGCGGUCCUAGGGGAGGGGGCGUGGGGGGUCCCGCCGCUUGCUCCGCUGCCUCGUCCAGAGCUGUGCCGCACUAUGACCGGCACCAGCAGCAGCAGCAGCAGCUACGCAGUUACCAGCACCACCACCAGCACCACCACCAGCAGCAGCAGAACUCCCUCCUGCGUGCCGGGCGAGGGGCCACGCUGGUGGGGGCCGGGAGGGCCAGGGGGGGCGCCGGGGGUGGGGCGGCUCUAAUGGCGGCCGCGGGGGGCCGGGGAGGCCGCGGGGUGGGGCAGCUGCCGCUGGGCGGGGGCCACCAGCGAGGCGCGCAGGGUUCUUUCUCCAGCUGCUGGCCCCCCAAUGGAGCCAUGAAGCCACCAGGUUUCGUGGGGGGCUCCCCGCACCCUCACCACGCCUUUUCCUCCCUGCGCCUGCAAUGCAACGGGGGGCGUCUUGGCUCCCCUCUUCACGGCCGCCCUAUGCCCCUCACCCCGAUCCACAGCAAGCCUGACGAGCCCAUUGUGCUGUCCAGUGGCGAUGAGGACGAUGACGAGGUUGAGAAUAAAGAGGGGGACCAUGGCAAGAAACCAGCGGGGAAGGAGGGAGAGGAGCAGAAGGAGGAGGAGCAGAAGGAGGAGGGGCAGAAGGAGGAGGAACAGAAGGGGGAAGGGCAGAAGGAGGAGGGGCAGAAGGAGGAGGGGCAGAAGGGGGAAGGGCAGAAGGGGGAGGGGCAGAAGGAGGAGGGGCAGAAGGAGGAGGGGCAGAAGGAGGAGGGGCAGAAGGAGGAAGAAAAGGAGGAGGAAGAAAAGGAGAAGGAAAAAGAGAAGGAAGAGGAGGAGAAGAAGGAAGAGGAGGAGAAGGAAGAGGAGGAGAAGAAGGAAGAGGAGGAGAAGAAGGAAGAGGAGGAGAAGAAGGAAGAGAAGAAGGAAGAGGAGGAGAAGGGGGAGGUUGAGGAGGAGGGGAAACGGGGGAAGGGAGAAGAGGAGGAGGGAGAUGAGGUGAGGAAAGAGGUGAGAGCUGAGAGAGAGGAGGAGCAGCAGCAGACGGAAGAUAAGACACAGGAGGAGGAGGAGACUGCAGUGGUGAGGGUGAAGGUGUCUGGUGAGGAGAAGGGGGAAGAGGAGGCAGCAGCAGCGAGGCACGACGAGGUGAGUGAGGAGGAGGCGGCCGUUUCGGCUCCUGCCUCGGCACGACGAGGGGGAGGAGGGAGAGGUGGGGGGGGAAGGGGAGGAAGAGGGGGAGGAGGAGGAGGGCACGGUCAGCGCAGCGCCCGCCACGCAGGGACGUCAAGAGACCCUCGGCGACGACGACGACGAGCAGCUGCAGCAGCAGCUCCUGCUGCUGCAGCAGCACGAUGA